AUGCGGACCCUGCGCUGGCUGGCGGCCCUGGCAGCUCUGCUGGGGCCGGGGCUGGCCCCGCGGGCCGGGGGGGCGGCAGGCCCGGCUGCGGUUUGCCCACCGCGGAUCCGGCUGAACUGUCUCCUACAGCGGCGUAAGGGCUGCGGCCCCGGGGGGAUCCGGACCUGCGGCCCCUGCAUCCGCCCCUACCGCGAGGACCCCGGUGGGGACUGUGUCCUCGACACACCGCACAGGAAUGGCGACGGAGCCCAGACGGACACUAGACCCAGCGACCUGGCCACCCUCAUCCGCUCCCUGGUGGCCAACAAACAGAAGGGAUCCAGGACCCCUGGGACCAAGACCCCUGAGCACGUGCUGGUGCUGAUGUGCUCCGUGACCGGGGUCUCGGGGCUGCUGGUGGCUGCCCUCUGCUGGUACAGGUUGCAGCGGGAGGUGCGUCUGGCCCAGAAGUUGGCAUAUACGGCGUGUCGGGGGAAUCAUUAUCGAUACCACCAGCCCGGAAUGUACAUGGACGCCCGGCUGGCCCAGUCCUGCCAGGUGCACCAGUACCAGCGCCAGAAAAAGAUCCUGACCAAUGAGGAGAGCCCCCCAAAGCCCGUCCAGCAGCUGUCGACGGAGUCGGAGACUGAGAACGGGGACUUCACUGUGUACGAAUGUCCCGGACUGGCACCGGGUGGGGAGAUGGAAAUCCACAACCCGCUCUUCAGCACGGCGUCCGCCCGGCAGCGCUGCCCCCCCUAACCCCGCCCCCCACCAUUCAGCCCC